AUGGCCUUCGGCGCAGUCCCACCACCGCACGUGUCGCCCUGGUUCACCCCAGUGUACGAAGCCACCUUCCACUUUGGAGGCAUUUGCUGGACGCUAUGCUACCUGCUCAUCGCCCGCGAAGGCCUGCGCACCAAGUCCUACGGCAUGCCCCUGCUUGCCCUGGCCAACAAUUUCGCGUGGGAGAUGGUCUACGCGCUGUGGGUCGUCGACGCGCCGCAAGAGAAGAUUGCCAUGACGGUGUGGAUGCUCAUCGACGUCCCCAUCAUCUACAGCACCGUCAAGAACGGCGCGUGUGAAUGGACGCACGCCCCCGCCGUGCAGAAGAAUCUGGCCAAGAUUCUCUUGGCCCUCACCGCACUCUUCGUUGCGGCCCAUUGGAGCUUCCAGUCAUGGUGGAUUGCCAACGGCAUCGGGUCCAGGGAUCAUGACGGGAGUCCCGGCCCGGACCUCACUCAGAUGGCUUACUGGGCCGUAUCCAUGUGCCAGCUUCUAGUGUCGACGACAUCGCUCGCCAUGCUGAUUGUUAGGCAGCACACCAGGGGCGCUAGCUGGGCUAUUUGGGCGCUCCGAUUUUUCGGUACACUCGUCGGUCUCAAUUUCAACUAUGGCUGGGCGUGGUAUACUUGGCCUGAAGCCCAUGAGUACUUUAUGAGUGCCCCUGCCAUCUUCAUCUGGGCUGUGACUACGGUGUGUGACAUCCUGUACGCCCUGGUUUUCUACCGUGUCAGACGUUCGGAGAAGGUCUUUGGCGACGGACGUAGACGUCCAGAGCAGCACAGAGUGGGAAAGCUAGAGUAG